UUAAUGCGUGGCUUUAAGCGAAAUCAUACAAGUGAGGCAAAAGCCAACUAAAACCAAAAAUACAACGACAAUUCCGUAAUUCCAUUUUUGCCCUAAACUGAACUGCACUAACGAAUUUUUCAAAUUUAAACGAACGUUUUUUUUAUAUAUUUUUCUUUUUUGACUGCGACUAACAAAAGAGAAAAGUAACAUAAAAGCCCCACCUUGAAGAAAACAACAAUAACAUAUGCAACAUUAUAUGCAAUUCUAAAAUCCUUUGUUUAAACACAAAGGACCAAAGGACUGUAAAGAAACGCAUAAGAAUAAACGGCAGCAAAACGUGACAAACGUGGUCGGUCCCCUUUUUACGUCUGCAGUGCUCCAUUUGCUGAAGUGUUCUUCUGUGGACUCUAAACCCCUAACAAAAAGGACACAUAAAAUUCACUCCCCUUGAGAGAAAACAAAAAUUGAAAACAUUUUACUAUCAAAAGGACUUUUUUGUGUGAAUAAAAUUCAUAAAUCCCGCUACUCAUUGCAUUUGGAAAGGAUACACCGAAGCGUAACACCCACACCACCACUAUCUAAGUUUGCUGCCGAACGGACACUAGUCAACGAUUAAAUCCCUACUUCCUUAUUAUUUGCUCUAUUGUCUGGAAUCAAUAUCUAAUACGUAUUUCAUCGUAUCCCGAAUCGAAACUCAUUCUAGCGACACAUAGCUAUGGUAGCCGGUUUCGAACAAAGGCCCUGGACACCUACCGUAAGACGUGGACAAAUUGCUGCUGAAACCUCGACACCUGGACCAGCAGCAGUAGCUUUACCCAAUUUAAUAGGUACAAAAUUACUUGAUUCCCGCAAGCAAGCUGCCCCCUCCUUUACCUUCGGACAAAAACAUCGCCAGACCGUUCAUUCCUUGGGCGAAGGACCAGCCAAGUACAACGUAACCGGUUUAGGCAGCAAGGGCAAGGAUACACCACCAGCGGCCACCCUACAAAGUCGCCAUAAAGAAAUGUCGAAAUUUUGCACCCCAGCACCUGGCGAAUAUGAUGUGGACAAGGCCGUAAAGGCGGUCAAACAGUCAACGGCCAAAUAUACAUUUGGUCAAAAAUUGGCCAUGGACAAAUUGAAUACCACACCAGGUCCAAAUCAUUAUCGGGUAGUUCCACUCGAUGUGAUCAAACCCCGUGCCCCUCAGUACACUUUUCGCAUAAAGUUCAAAGUUAUAGUAAUUAAGACACCAGCGCCCAAUAGCUAUCGGCCCGAGAGGGUAUCGUUAGUGAAAAAGAACUCACCACGCUACUCAUUCGGUAGACGUACUAAAAUUCACUUCGAUAAGGGAACUCCAGCACCCGGCUCAUAUAGCCCUGAAAAGGCCAAUUUGCACUCCACUCCAGCUUAUACUAUAACUGGCAAAAAUUCACAUGAUGUGGUUGAUUGCACUCCGGCUCCUGGCGCAUAUGAACCUGAAAAAUGCAGACUGGAUAAAACACCAGCAUUUACAAUCUCCGGGCGUCAUGUCAUUCACAAAACUAGUGAUACACCAGCACCUGGAGCAUAUGCACCAGAAAAAUGCCGUCUGGAUCAUACAGUAGCCUACACUAUAUCUGGUCGACAUGAGGUACAUAAAGUAAGUGAGACUCCAGCUCCCGGAGCUUAUGCACCGGAAAAAGUACGCCUAGAUCACACACCCGCGUACACAAUAACUGGUAAACAUGAAACGAAAGUAACAAGCGAUACACCAGCGCCUGGAGCUUAUGCACCGGAAAAGGUACGCCUUGACAAUACUCCAGCUUUCACAAUGGCUGGUAAACAUCAAGUCAAAGUUAAAAACGAUACACCUGCGCCUGGUGCUUAUGCACCAGAGAAAGUAAGGCUAGAUCACACGCCAGCUUAUACAAUUAAGGGCAAAUAUGAAACCAAAAUUGUCAGUGAUACACCAGCGCCAGGAGCUUAUGCUCCGGAAAAAGUAAGACUUGAUCAUACACCCGCUUACACAAUGGCAGGCAAGCACCAAGUGAAAAUCCAAAGCGAUACACCUGCGCCUGGAGCAUAUGCACCAGAAAAAACACGACUUGACCAUACCCCAGCUUACACAAUGGCAGGCAAGCAUCAACUUAAGGUUGAAAGUAAUACCCCUGCGCCUGGGGCUUAUGCACCAGAAAAAACCAAGCUUGAUCAUUCUCCUGCAUACACAAUGGCUGGCAAGCACCAAGUAAAAGUUGAAAGUGAUACACCUGCCCCUGGAGCCUAUGCUCCAGAGAAAGUCAGACUUGAUCACAAUCCAGCAUAUACAAUGGGUGGAAAACAUCAAAUAAAAGUUGAUAAUUUUACGCCUGCGCCUGGAGCAUAUGCUCCAGAAAAGGUAAGGUUAGAUCACACGCCAGCGUAUACUAUGGCAGGCAAACAUCAACAAAAAAUUGAAAGUGACACGCCUGCUCCUGGUGCCUACGCCCCAGAAAAGGUGAGAUUAGAUCACACCCCAGCGUAUACUAUGGCUGGCAAACAUCAGCACAAAAUUGAAAGUGAUACCCCUGCUCCAGGUGCCUAUGCUCCCGAAAAUGUUAGACUAGAUCAUACUCCUGCCUACACAAUGGCAGGAAAGCAUCAGGCUAAAAUUAAAAAUGACACACCAGCACCUGGUGCUUAUGCUCCAGAAAAGUGUAAACUCGAUAACACUCCUGCAUACUCUAUGACCAGCCGUCACGAUCUGCACAAACCUAGCGAUACACCAGCACCUGGAGCUUACUGUCCGGAAAAGGUUCGUCUGGAUCAUACACCAGCCUACAGUCUAGGAGGUAAACACGACAUAAAGGUGAAAAAUGAGACUCCGGCUCCAGGCGAUUAUGCUCCGGAGAAAUGUCGGUUGGAUGGCACACCUUCAUACUCCAUGGGAGGGCGUCAUGAUAUCCAAAAGCCUAGUGAUACACCUGCACCUGGUGCCUAUUGCCCGGAAAAAGUUCGAUUGGAUCAUACACCCUCAUAUAGCAUGGGUGGCAAGCAUGAUCCCAAAGUAAGCAAUGAUACUCCAGCACCUGGAGCAUAUGCGCCCGAGAAGUGCCGUUUGGAUGGUACACCAGCCUAUACGAUGGCAGGACGCCAGCUUUUGCAAAAACAAAGCGAUACUCCAGCCCCGGGAGACUAUGCUCCAGAAAAGCAUAGGCUGGAUGGCACCCCUGCAUAUACCAUGGGAGGAAGGCACAACUUGCAAAAGCCUAGUGACACUCCUGCACCAGGAGAUUAUGCGCCGGAGAAGCAUAGGUUGGAUGGUACCCCCGCAUAUACUAUGGCAGGCCGUCAUGGCCUUCACAAGCCAUCUGAUACACCAGCUCCGGGGGACUAUGCUCCAGAAAAGCACAGAAUAGAUGGUACCCCCGCAUAUACCAUGGGUGGACGACACAAUUUGCAAAAGCCAAGUGAUACUCCGGCCCCUGGAGAUUAUGCCCCGGAGAAACAUAGGCUAGAUGGUACACCCGCAUAUACGAUGGCUGGCCGUCAUGGCCUUCACAAGCCAUCCGAUACACCAGCUCCUGGAGAUUAUGCUCCAGAAAAGCACAGAUUAGAUGGUACCCCCGCAUAUACCAUGGGUGGACGACACAAUUUGCAAAAGCCAAGUGAUACUCCGGCCCCUGGAGACUAUGCCCCUGAGAAACAUAGGCUAGAUGGUACACCCGCAUAUACCAUGGCUGGCCGUCAUGGUCUUCACAAGCCAUCUGAUACACCAGCUCCGGGAGACUAUGCUCCAGAAAAGCACAGCUUAGAUGGUACCCCCGCAUAUACCAUGGGUGGACGACACAAUUUGCAAAAGCCAAGUGAUACUCCGGCCCCUGGAGAUUAUGCCCCGGAGAAACAUAGGCUAGAUGGUACACCGGCUUAUACCAUGGCUGGACGACAUGGUCUACAUAAACCCAGUGAUACACCAGCUCCGGGCGAUUAUGCUCCUGAGAAACAUCGUUUGGAUGGUACGCCUGCUUACACCAUGGGCGGACGCCAUAAUUUGCCUACCACCAACGAUACUCCAGCACCAGGAGACUAUGCUCCUGAAAAGCAUAGAUUAGAUGGCACACCAGCUUAUACAAUGGCUGGGCGUCAUAGUCACCACAAGCCAAGUGAAACUCCGGCUCCUGGAGACUAUGCUCCCGAAAAACAUAGUUUGGAUGGUACACCUGCGUACACUAUGGCCGGACGGCAUGAUCAUCAUAAACCUUCCGAUACACCAGCACCGGGUGACUAUGCGCCAGAGAAGCAUAGACUCGAUGGUACUCCUGCGUUUACCAUCGCUGGUCGUCCUAAUACGCACAAACCUAGCAAUACACCCGCACCUGGAGACUAUGCCCCUGAAAAGCAUCGUUUGGACAAUACUCCUGCAUAUACUAUGGCAGGUAAGCAUGAGCCUAAGGUAUUAAACAAUAACCCUGCUCCUGGGGACUAUUGCCCAGAAAAGGUACGCUUAGAUCAUACACCAGCGUACUCAUUUGCAGGCCGACAUGACCCCAAGUGUGUUAAUGAUACUCCUGCACCGGGUGCAUAUUGCCCCGAAAAAGUGCGCUUGGACCACACACCCGCUUUUACCAUUAAGGGCCGUCAUGAUUUACACAAGCCAAGCGAUACACCGGCUCCCGGAGACUAUGCACCUGAAAAGCAUCGCCUAGACAAUACACCGGCUUUCACUAUGGCUGGAAAACGGGAACCCAAAGUCACUAACGACACUCCGGCUCCAGGUGACUAUGCCCCUGAAAAGGUACGUUUGGAUCACACACCUGCUUUCACAAUAGUCGGUCGCAAAGAGGUUAAAAUCACAAGUGAUUCACCAGCACCGGAUGCAUAUUUCCCCGAGAAAGUCCGCUUGGAUCAUACACCCGCCUAUACAUUCAAGGGCCGAUAUGAUCUGCACAAACCUAGCGAUACUCCGGCACCUGGAGAUUAUGCUCCUGAAAAACAUCGUCUGGACAAUACCCCCGCAUACACAAUGGCCGGUAAGCAUGAUCCCAAGGUUGCAAAUGAUACCCCAGCUCCAGGAGACUAUGCUCCUGAAAAACACCGUUUAGAUCACACACCUGCUUUCACAAUAGUCGGUCGCAAAGAGGUUAAAAUCACAAGCGAUUCACCAGCACCGGAUGCAUAUUUCCCCGAAAAAGUCCGCUUGGAUCAUACUCCCGCCUACACAUUCAAGGGCCGAUAUGAUUUGCACAAACCUAGCGAUACUCCGGCACCUGGAGACUAUGCUCCUGAAAAACAUCGCCUGGACAAUACUCCAGCUUACACAAUGGCCGGUAAGCAUGACCCGAAAGUUGCAUAUGAUACCCCUGCCCCAGGUGAUUAUGCUCCUGAAAAACACCGUUUGGAUCACACACCUGCUUUCACAAUAGUCGGUCGCAAAGAAGUGAAAAUCACAAGUGAUUCACCUGCACCGGAUGCUUAUUUCCCUGAAAAAGUUCGCUUAGAUCACACCCCUGCUUAUAGCAUCACUGGUCGUCCUGAGACGCAUAAACCCAGUGAAACCCCAGCACCCGGUGAUUAUGCCCCGGAAAAGGUACGCUUGGAUAACACACCCGCUUACACCAUAGUAGGUCGCAAAGAGGUCAAAAUUAGAAGCGACUCACCAGCACCAGGAACAUAUUUCCCGGAAAAAGUACGCUUGGACCAUACGCCUUCAUAUACUAUUACAGGAAGAAUUGUUACCCAUCAGGAGGACAAUACUCCGGCGCCUGGUGAUUAUAAGCCUGAGUUGUAUGACUUUAAAGGUCAUACGCCAGCUUUUACUUUCGGUAUGAAAUUGAAACAGGAGCGAGUCAGUGAUACUCCAGCACCCACUGCCUAUGAACCAGAAAAGCACACUCUUGAUCACAAACCAGCUUUCAGUUUUGGUACAAAAACUGAAACUAAAACCGUGGUCGAUGCACCAGCUCCUGGUCAUUAUCAUCCUGAAAACUAUAAUCCUGAACAUUCCCCUGCAUUUACUUUCGGUCACAAAACCUCUGUCAUUCCAGCUUUACCACGUGGUCCUUAUGUUGAAGACCGUAUUAUUCAAAGACGUGAGAGACGUAUGAAAAGUCCCGUACGCAAUGUUGUCAUUCUUGAGGAUGGCAUCGCAAAAACACAGCAAAUGCUAAAACAACAACAACAAAGUGUCAAUUCUACCACUACAACAACGCAGCAAUUGCAAAAACAUCACAAAGAGCAACAACAAAAUGCAACCUCCACUACCACCACUACGACCGUAACGGAAAUUCAUACCGUUAAUGGUGGUAGCCCUGCACCGAACCGCAAAAACACUGUUACCACCACUAGAAAGCAAACUCUGACCAAUGGUAAUGCCAAAGAUUCACUAAACGACGCAGUUCACAAUAAAUUGGCCAAAAUCAAUUUGAAUGAUGUCCUUACAUCCGGCACCAAUACUCAAGUAACGCAAAAAGUCGAAAAAAUUAAUGGUGUGAAUGGUGAGAGUGGUCAAAUGGUUACCACCACCGUGCGCACCGUCAGUAAUGGCUACAAGGAAGAGGGUAAUCGUAAAAUCAAGGCCAAAGGUACUGCUGACGUUCAACACUCCAAUGCGGCCACAGGUUCGUGCAAUACCAUUGUGAGUUCCGAUGGUUCUACCACCACAACGAUGAAAUCUGCCAAAACCUCAAGUGUCAAAUAUGCCGUUGAAGCCAGUUCAAUACAAGAAGAAAUAAUAAGCUCCUAAUGUCUACAGAAUUCCCACAAUUUUGGGUGCCAGCAAAGAAGGUAACAUACGCUCAGCACCGGCCUACUCUAUGGCCGGUCGU